AUGAAAAUCAUCUUGGUGCUGUUGGAAACACAAUGGAUAAUAAGACUAAUGUUUGCUUAUACAUUAACAGACGAACAGAAUUUACACACAUCGUUGUUAACAGGUUAUAACAGAGAUUUACGACCGGGAUAUGACAGAAACAAACCCCUAGGUAUAAAUGCGUCUUUUUACCUAUUUUCGAUAAACGAUUUCGAUUUAAACACAGGUAAGUUCACAAUUACUGGUGUUUUUCUAUUAAACUGGAAUGACGAAAGACUAUCGUGGAAUCCAGCUACAUACAAUCAGGGAAACACCACCUCCAUUCCACAGAAGAAAAUAUGGCUUCCGAAUUUCAUCAAUGUUAAUCCUUUCAAAGAUAUAAAGGGAUUGGGCAGUGAUUUGAUCACAGUUGAUGUGGACUAUUCUGGACUUUGCUCCUGGUAUGCUGUCCAAGCUUUUGAGGUUAUAUGUGAUCCUGACGUCACGAAAUAUCCUUUUGAUACCCAGUACUGCGCCUUGAAAUUCUUCAUUUGGGGUUAUGAUAAAACUGCAGUCAAUUUGUACUUCGAAUCAUCGCGGGUGAUUCUCACAUUAUAUUCUGAAAACGGUAUAUGGGAAAUCACAGACUCAACAACACAUAAACAACUUCACUUCCACGGAAACGAGGAAUUUGUUGUCGGUUUUCAUUUAAAACGGAGGACAGAUUAUUACAUUGCUAGUCUGAUAUUACCAAUAAGUUCGAUAUCACUACUACUUGGUUUUGUUUUUCUUCUACCCGCAGAAUCCGGUGAGAGAGUAGGAUUUGCCACCACAAUACUUUUGUCAACCGUUGUAUAUCUGACUAUCAUUCAAGGCAAGCUGCCCGAAGCUUCGGAACCAAACAUGUCCAUACUUGGUUAUAUUCUGGUUAGCUACGUGCUGAGCGGAACCAUUCUUGUUGUAUUUGUAAUCAUAAGUCUGAGGAUUCAAAACUCCCCCUGCGAUAAGCCGAUUCCUGGAAUUUUUGUUCGCUUUGUGGUGUGCUGUCGAAGAAAACGAAAAAUGGUAGAUGUGAAAGAUAUCGAUUCAAAAUCCACGAUAUUUAAAGAAGAUGAGGACAGCCAGGUAACCUGGAAGGACGUAGGAACUUAUUUUGAUUUAGUGUGCUUUUUUAUUUCGGUGAUACAAUUCAUGGUGACGGUGACAGUGUAUUUUUCUUUAGUGUGUGCAUAAGCACGAUUUCCCUUAUUGUGGAAUCAUAAGAAUUCGUGGUGGCUCAAUUUUCGUGGAAUUCGUGGUUACCCCUCAUCCACGAAUUUACAUCCUCAACAAAUAAAAACAUUCCAGAGUUAUCUUUCUUACAAAUAUAUAAAUCCACGAAAUUACGUCCCCACGAACCCGUAAAAAUUCAGCAAUGCACGAAAAUUGGCCCCCACGAAUUUAAAUGAUUCUACAGUGUACGUAUCAUGAUCUAGAUUUCAUGUAAUAACAUAUAAUGUUUUAUAGGAGUAUUAUUUGUUUAUAUUCUCUUAUUAUUCAACUACUUUAAAUGUUGAUUGAUAAGUGCAAUACAGAACUUGCAUGUAUGGAAAUUCUUCGAACAGAUAAUGCUUAAAUAGUGAACGAAAACAUACCUAUAACGUGUAUAUUGUACGAGUUGUAAUAGUCAUACAUUUAAUGAGAGAGAAAAAGCACUGAAUGAAAUAAUCUAGGCAGACCACUGACAAAUAGGUAUCUGUUGCAGGCGUUUCAGUGGUCCCGUUUAGAGUAAGCUUUUUUACAAAUUCUAUGAUCGUUAUAACGAUUAAAAGGUGAAGAUAAGGAACAGUGAUUAAUCUCAUAACUCAUAGAUGCUAGAGGUCUUCAUUGACAGUGUCAUCGUAGUGUUUGGUGAUAAGAUCUUCCAAUAGUGUGUUGUGCUCCUUUGUUGACUGACCUGUUUUUAUAUUCUUGCGAGCUAGAAUUUAUCCAAAAUCUUCUAUAUGAGAAGAAAGUAUCGUGCUUUCAACCAGACAUUUGGAUAUAUCUACGACAUAUUAUCUAUUAAUAAUAAUCAUUUUCAUCUACAUGUCAUUCGAUAAAUGUGAGAUCAAGAUGGAAGGCACUACAGAGUCUUCCACAUCUGAUUCAUACUUUGAUAUUUUAUUGCACUUAGAUGUUUGCGGCAAACUAACAACUCAUCUUUAUGACAAAGAGAUGACUUCAAGUUCAUCGUCGGCUUCCCGUAUUUAUGUAGCAAUUCACCCAUUCUGUAGUCGUUCUAGCAAUCUGAUUUGCCAAUACAAUCUGUCAUUGGAUAAAAUGAUGUCUGACGUGUUUCAUGCCAAUUGGUAAUUUUGAAUUCUCUGCAAUACAUGCAUAUCGGAUCGACAUGCAUAACAAUAUAUAGCAAUACUCCAUUACCACCUGCAUCUGUCUUUUAAAUAUCUCAACUUAUUUGAUAAGCAAUAGAUUGUUCUGCGUAUGGUCAGUUUUUAAAUCGAGUCAGGCUACUGACAAACAAGUUGAUGUUGCAGGGGUUCCAACAGUCUGAUUUAAAGUAAGUAUUUUGCAAAUUUUAUGGUCGUUAUAACGAUCUAGUUUACCAAUACAACCAAUCAUUGGGUCAAAUGCUGUCUGACUUGUUUGAUACCGAUUGUUAGACUGUCCCUUGCAUACUGCUUUUAACUAAGGAUAACUCCGUUUACCUGAUCAAGAUACACAAUGUAGGGUUCACGGCUGGUGCAUCUCUUGUGUAUCUGAUCCCACCUCUGGUGUGUCCAGGAAUCUGUGUUUACCCUACUAUGAUUUUGUAUUAUGAGGUUAUUCACUGUUCGUUAUCUUCACCCUUCCUGAUACACAUAUAUAUUAACCACCUGUCUCUGACUACAUGUUAGUGAAAAUAGCAAUGAGUAUCAUAUGCAUUGUAUUGACCUUAGUAAAACUAUAAUAGAAUGGGUUAUUUCAGUCGCGAUUCCUAAAUAUCAGUCACGUUAGUCACAUCAAAACAUCUUUAGCCGCUGUAGUUCACGGGCGGUUUAAGGGUAAUACUAGUAUGUAACGUUUGUUCUUCCCAUAAAAGUCUUAAACAUAUUUCAUGCUAUUCGUAUUUCUUUCAGUAUUCA